AUGACUGGCGAGGAAUCUCUUCGGACAGCUUUAUCAGACGAUCUCAGCCCGGAGCAUGAUACUACAUUCCACCUGCAGAGGUGGUUAGACGGUUAUGACGGGGAUGUGGCCAGAGCAGCGGAGAAAUACCGAGAAUAUUCAAGAAUUCGAAAAUGUUUGGGAUACGAUGACUUUGCUAAUACAAAUUGUGCUAGGUAUGUGAGGCAGUCUAGACUAACUUCCGAUUGGAUAAAUGAGAAGGAUAACGGCAUUGUUUUUGUGGAGAUGAGUAUAGAAGAUCCCAAAAAGUUCAUGAAAGUGGUCAGAGUAGGAGAAUACUUACGAUCAUUUUUUGGUUAUUGCGAAUAUUUUCAACAUUUGGUUCUUGAGCAGGAAAGGAAGACAGGCAAGCCGUCACAUGGUAUCUGCAUUUUUGACAUGAAAGGAAUUGCUGUAACUUCAUAUAUGUCUCCAACAAGCGCCGUCAAUUGUCUCAUGCAGGCUCGUGUGAACAUCUGGUUAGAUUACUAUGCUGAACUCCUGAAAACUGUCAUAAUCGUAAAUCCACCAUCGUUCCUGACCCUUGUUUGGAAGGUUAUUUCAUUUCUACUGCCAGCCAAGGUUCUUAGCAGAUUCCAUUUUGCCAGCAAAUAUCCGGAUCAACUGAGUGUUUACUUGAGUAUGAACGCAAUCCCAGCAGCUUUCUCUGGAACGUGUCGCAUUCCAUGCGAAUUGGACAAUGGAUGCUAUAAAUCGGCGAAGAUUACUGAGGAUGAUUACGUGAAUGAACGAUCGCUAUGGACUGCAAAUGGUCUAGAACCAUACGUUACCACUCGAGUUGUUAAAGCCGGAGAUGAGCUCAGGGAAGAAUUUCUGCCGAAAGGAAGACGGAAAAUGAUUUAUCAGUUCACUACUAAUACAGAAGUUCAGAUAUGGUUCCAACAAGAAGACCUCGAUCUGACUCCGCGAUUCAAAACAAUGACUCCCAAGCUACCUGAGGAAGAGAUUGUUAAUCUGAAAUCUGACUCACCAGUGAUUCUCCGAAUUCGUAAUGUACAUCUACUGAAAAGCAACCUUUUAUUUGUAGCACACACAGACAUCGAUCUAGUCAAUAUAAUGGCAGUAGCAAUGGCAGCAUUGAUUGUUGGCUUUUUGCCAGUUGUUUCGGAAUCGGCCAGCUCUCCGUUCCAAAUAAUACAGCAGGAAACAGCCUACCAUGGAAAGUAUGCUAAUCUCACUGUUGUAUAUUUCACCGGACAAUCAGGAAAAGUUGGGGUAUGGGAAGUGAUGAACACUGCCACACCAAAAGACGCCGAUCAGACCAACGGUGUAUACGUAAUCGCAAGGCUGAGAAUCGAUGGAGAAUCCUACUUCGUUUUCAAUAAGCAAUACAGAAUCCCAACGGGAAGUUGGACAUUAGAGUUUCCUGGAGGGGUGCAAGAAAAAGACGAAUCGCCUAUCUCUGCGGGGUUGCGCGAAUUGAAAGAAGAGACCGGAUAUGUAGCAAAUGUAUUGUUCAGCUCCUCCGGAAAGCAACCAUCCAUGCCAUCGAGGUUGAAUGACACAACUCGUCAUGUUGUAGCGGAUGUGGACGAGAGCGCAGACGUCAAUAUACAUCCAAAUCAGCAAUUAGACGAUGAGGAGGUCUCAAACGUUGUGCUCAUCAAGGCAUCCGAGCUUCUGCCAACAAUCCGGUCACUUGAGCGAAAGCUCGACAUCGCUAGCAAUGUUUACACUUUUGCCAUAGGUUACGCCAUGCAAACGUUAUGACAUAAUAAUCUACGAUAUUCUCAGAAAAUUUACCGUUGAUGUAGAUACGUGUAUUGAACGUUGAUGUAGAUAAGUG